CAGUGCACGCGACAGCCUCGCCAGCCCGCGGAUCGGGAACACGCCAAGCUGGUGAACCUCGACGGCGCCUGGGACACCACCCUGGGGGCGCGCCAUCUACAGAGUGGGGAAAGAUGGCUGCCUCCGUUGGGCUGGUUGUUCACAUCGCGACCUGGAUCUCUGUCCUGGCCCGCUCCUGCCUCCCCUACCAGAUCUUCACCGUGGACUCCUCCGACGUCUGCAACAACACAAUCUACCUGGACAGCGUGGUCAAACCGGCGGCCAUACUGAGAUUAACUGCCAAGGAUUACUACGAUUUCUCUCCGUUGUUUUGCGAAGUCACGUUCAACGCGCCGAGACACAGUUCGACCGGCCUCGUGGGGGUUCUGGAGGAGGUCGAUCUCAGGAGAUAUGAAUACAGCCACCGCGCCGGCCAGAGCGAGUGCGUCGACUCUAUCAAGGUGACCUACGACACGUCCCUGCCCCAAGAGACCCAGUGCGGCUCGUGGUCAGUGUCUCCGAGCGAGCGCCUGUCUCACAUGGGCUACCGGAAGGCACUCAUGGGCUACUGUCCGCACCCGAGAGUCUCCAGCUCAGGAACGCCGCAGUGUGUUGUGUCCGAUCUGAAGGUGCAGGUGUCCGUGGGGCUGAAGGACAACGCCGCCUGGAGGAACAAGACCUGGGGACCUCACAGGGGCUUCACCUUCGUCGUUACGGCUUAUAAGUAUUCGU